AAAACUGGUCUUUACCUUUAAUGAUGUUACAUUAAUGACGGUAAGAAUAAUUAUAUCAGACGUGUCGUCUAUACUUGAUAAUACUAUUCACUCUAUUCAACAUAUCAUGUCACAUCACCAGAUUGAGAAGCUAAAGCACUGGGACGCAGAUCUGGGUUCUACAGCAUCCUCUCAUUACGCGAGAGGUCUCUGCUCCAUGCCAAAUAUUCGAUCACUGGAUCUGUACAGUGUGAAGCUGAGUGAUGAGUUUUACUCAACGAUGGCCUUUGAGGCAUCAAAAUCAAAGAUUGAGAAGCUAAAGCACUGGAACGCAGAUCUGGGUUCUGCUGCAUCCUCUCACUACGCGAGAGGUCUCUGCUUCAUGCCGAAUCUUCGGUCACUGGAUCUGUACGAUGUGAAGCUGAGUGAUGAGUUCUACUCAACGAUGGCCACUGAGGCAUCAAAAUCAAAGAUUGAGGAGCUAAAGCACGAUACGGCAGAUCUGGGUUCUGCUGCAUCCUCUCACUACGCGAGAGGUCUCUGCUUCAUGCCAAAUCUUCGAUCACUGUAUCUAGACGAUGUAAAGCUGAGUGAUGAGUUCUACUCAACGAUGGUCACUGAGGCAUCAAAAUCAAAGAUCCAGACGCUGAUUAUGCGGGAUAUUUCCAUAACUCCAUGUCGACUACACUCCAUUCUCUCGCUACCACGCCUCCAGUCACUCAGCUUAACGGAUAUCAAACGAGUUGACAUGGACGAUGAAGAGACACUGACUCGUCAAAUAACCUCAGUAGAUGAGAUAUCUAUGGAUGGUAGGCUUGUGGCCAGUCUGUGGAAUCUUGGACUUCAUACAUCAUGUCCCCGAGUGAAACAACUCCAACUGAACUGGUCAAAGCACGAAAACGAGUCAUCAGAUAUCAUCACAUUGGCUUGCUGUCCAUUCCAUCAUCUAACCCGACUUCACAUUCAGGGAAAUUGGCUUGGUACAUCGUCUACUGCACUGAAUGAUACCGUGUCAUUUUGCAAGGCGGUUGAAACAUCAUGUCCCCGACUCACCAAGCUGUCCAUUACCCGCAUCAACCUGUACACCAAGAAGGCAGCUGAGAUCAUCCAACUCAUGAAGACUCAUCCACACCUGACAAACAUAGAUUUGGAUUCGUGUGGAACUAACGCGGAUCUUGAUCCACUGAUUUCUGAGGUAAACAGUGAAGGCAAGUUGACUGUCACCGUGAAGCAAUAGUGGGCGGAGGUUCUAAUUUGUGGGUUGGCCGUCAAGCAACAACGUAUGGACGUUGGAAGAUCACCCUUAUCAGACCACAUGAUGGCAGCAGACAACUACGGACUUCAAAAUGAAACUUGUCGAGUGUUGCGGUAACCGGGCUACCCGAAUAAUAACUAAUGAUACUAAUUGAAGGAUAUGUAAAGUUAAAAUGCAUGGAAGAUAUUAUUAUAAACAUAUUACUGAAUAUGUCCUGUCUUGAUACUUUUAAUUAAUAACUUUAUAAUUAUGUUGAAGCAUUUGAAGAAGGUUGAUUUAUUUUCGGAGCGAAUUUUUAAGGUUAAGCAAAGCAUUUGUUCUUACUGCAAGCACAUAUCAUAUCAUAAUAUAUCAAAACGACUGGACGACUAAAAUAUCAAAUGGCUAAGGGCAGCAAUUUAUUUGUCUUUUAUUUAGAUGUCAUUUAAUGGCAUUUAAUCAAUUCUAGAUAGAAGUGCAUGUACUUAGUAUACCAUCAGUUUACAUAUAUUAAACCAGAAUCUUAUUUCAAUCACACUUGAAGCUUCAAGAUAUUAAAGUUUGACGGCUUGUGAACCCUUAGAAUUUUACUUCAUCUUAUAAAGGGGGAUCCUGGAGGUGUCAAUAGGAUAACCAUAAAAUGUUAAAACAAUCUAUGCAAUACAACCUAGAGCCUACGAUAAACAGGCUACAACGUACAAGUUGUGUUUUUUUUUUUACCUAAGGCUUCUUCAUUUCCUCUUUUGUAAUUCAGUCCUUAAGUCCUUAAUUUACAAGUAACUUCAAACAAAUAAAAGUGAUUUGAUAUAAUUGUGAACUUAUUUUUAAUCCAAAAAGAAAUUGUACUGUACAAUCUUUACAUUUCUGGUAAAUAAAACUAACAAUGUGGAACGUCAAAUGUGAAAUAUGAAAUGGACCGAACCGAAUUUGAACAAAUCUAAACUCUCUAUUGAUUGUUUAAUACAAUUCCAACCGGAUUCUGUGUACUCAUAUUGGCUAUUAUGUAAUGAGGAUAACAUACUGUUGCAUUGUACUAUUAUAACAAUGUCAUCAGGAAUCUAAUCCGUAAGGAUCUGUUGAUAUAUCAUUCAUCACGGUGAUAUUGUAUUCUGUAAGAAUUUCCGGUGAACCAGGAUUUGUUUCAUGAACUACAGGUAAAGUAAUUGAUAUAAACUUUUCCCUGUUUAUUAAACCGACAAUUCAUUCAUUAUCAAGAAAUAUUGUUGGAAAUACCGUGUGUAGAAUGAAUAUACUCGAUCAAGACGAGCUUUAGUCUUAUUUAUGUCCUAUCCAAUAAAUUCUUGUUUUAGACAUUAAAGAAUUAAACGUAUUUUUUUCUCUCAAAAUGUUAUCGUUAUAGUCAAAAAGUGAACAUUCUCAUUUCUUGAUAAGAUGUACCAAAACAUGAUAACAUGUGGGAUGCGUACAUGUGUGUAAAUAUGUCAUAAUCAUUAUAUUAUAUAUUUUUUUUAGAAGUAUAUUUUAUGUUUUGGUUUGCUCUUCAGUCAAAUGGAAAUAGAACGUCCAUACACAUUGGAUUCAAGUUGACAUAAUUUAAAUUAAUCAUUAUCAAUUUCUAUAUCUUGAACUACUUGUCAUGUAUGGCCAAUACUUCAUUGAAGUAUUGUUCAUGGUUGUUAGCCUGAGAGUCUGUCGUGCUUCUUGAACAUUAUAAGUUUGACGACAAUACAAUGUUAUAAAGUAUGAUUAUAUUUUGCAGAGUAUGUACAUGGUUAAACUGUGACAAGUGAUCAGAUCGUGCAUACAUACCAUCUAGUGACAUGUUUGUUACAGUCGUGUAAUGUAAUAUAAUGUAAUAUAAUAAUGUAAUAUGAGAGAUUAGUAACCUUAUCUCGUUUAAAUAUUCUUGUAUUCAACUAAUCAUGAUAAUAUUUUCUAUUGAAUUAAGUCAAAUCUUGUGACAUGCAUGCAACUGCCAUUGCUGCAUUUAGAGAGAGUCUACCCUAUCUCGUUUUAAUAUUCAUGUAUUCAACUAUAAUCAUGGUCAUAUUUGUGGCAUUUCAUGUCAAAAUCCUUUAGGCAGUAAGAGAGAGGAAGUAGUAAUUUCGAUCUCGUAAUAAUAUUGUUGUAUUAAACCUAAUCAAGAUCAAAUGGUGUAUACCUACAAUCUAGACCUCUUUGAGACAUGCAUACAACGGUCGUUGUAGUAAGACAGAGAGUAAUACAAAGAGAAGUAUGACAGGGGGUAGUAAGACAGAGAGAAAUCUUCAUUAAAUGGUUUGACAAAAUGGCGUUUGAUGGAACAAAUAUCUCGAUUCACAGGAUUAUUGUCGUUUUAUUUAGUAGCAUGAGAAUACGUUUCUAUUUCCCAUCACAAUUAUGCAAUGUAAGUUAUGUUCAUGUUUUUCCUAUGAUGUGAAAUCUUAUAAAUUGUCAAAGGUUUAUUCUUAUCUACAGUCACAUUUAAUUUCAAGUUAUAUAAUAUUUCAAACAUCCAAUGCUCCUGUACAGUGUUGUCACUAUUACAUUUUAUCAAUUUAUACUCUAUUAUAAAUUUCUUUCCACUUAUGUCUAUGGUGUAAUGAUCGUUUCCAAUAAUGUAAUGAUUUUUGUCACGGUUAGUGUGCAGUACACCUGAAUAAUGGAAAGUGAAGUAGAGUCUUGCUAUGUACGUUACGUUGUGAGAGGUGUAUUCUCUUCGUUCGAGCUACAUUGGGAAAAAAUAGAUAUAGCUCUUCUUACAGGCUCUUUGAUUGCCUUGAGAAAUUAUCUUUGAUAUAUUUCCCAUGUUCAUUGAAUUGCUGGACUGCUUAAAUGUGUUAUUGAUAUCCGAAAUGUAUUGGAUGUGUAAAUAUAUGUAUAUAUAUAAUAUGCAUGUAUAAUGUUCUCAGAAAGGGAAUCACUUUGCAUUCAUUCAUUCACGUCUUUUUUAUAUCUAAAUUUAUUUUACUAAUACACCUGAGAUUGUACAUAAUUGCAUGUUAAUAGUGGAAACAUAGAAUACGUAUGACUAACUUAACAGUAUCUAGGACUUGCAGAAUAUGGAAUUUGUUGUAAGAACAACAAAUGUUUGUGACUAUCUCAUCAGUUAUUGUAGAGACAACAAUUCCAUGUAUUUAUCUAAGCAGUAAGACUGUCAUUUGCUUUAAAUGAUUGUUUUAUCAUGUGAUAAGCAACUUAUUUGGUUAUGUCGUAGACCUAAUAGAUCCGUUGCUAAAUGUGAUUUAUAUGUUUGUGCAGUUGUCAUGUUUUGUUCAUAUUAAGAAUUAUUGUUACGGUCAUUUUGUAAAAAUAUUUUGAUUGUGUGUGUGUGUUUGUAUGUGUGCGUGUGCGUGUGUGUGUGUUUUUGUGUCGAUUUAAUCGAUUGCCAGCUCCAGGAGGACAACACUUACGUUGGUUUUAUUUGUCCGGCAAGAAAGAUCUGUAUUGUUAAUCCAAAUACAUUGUUAUUAUUCAUAUUCCUAUUUCUGUAUAUUGUGAGAUUUAUCAGCAUGAAUAGACUUUCAUCUAGACUGACCAUAGUAAGUUUCACAGUGUUGAAAUAUCAAUUAUUCAGUGAACCAACUUGAACCAAGAUAUUAAAUGGUAACAAAUAAUAUCUAUUUACAACAAAUCACUCAUAGUGAGAUUUCCCAAAAAUGCAGACAUUUCGACAAAAUAUAUGACUACUUGUUUCUUUUUUCUCACAAGCCUAGGAAGUUGUCAAUUGAAGACAAUAUAAUACCUUCGACCUUUACCAACUGACUGUGUAUCAGAGUUAUUGUACGUGACUGUGUACAUUAUCAGAAAUAUACGCACUUACAGAGAAUUACAAACAGAUAAUAUGUAAUAAUGUAAUAAUAGAUAAUGUGUCUUUGUACAUAAUGUAUACAAGAGAAAGUUUGAUCUAUAACUGAUUGAACUCAUGGGAUUCAAACAUUUCUUGUUGUUGAGAGAUGGUAGAAGGAGAUAUAUCGUAAGAAAUUGAAUAAAAUAAUUAUGAAAGCCAUGUACAUUUUAAA